CGGCCCAACCUGCUGCUGCUCCUCAUGGACGACAUGGGUUGGGGUGAUUUGGGAGCUUUUGGAGAGCCUUCUAAGGAAACUCCUAACCUGGACCAGAUGGCUUCAGAAGGGAUGCUUUUCCUGGAUUUUUAUACUGCCAACCCCCUCUGCUCUCCGUCCAGGGCAGCGCUGUUGACGGGCCGGCUCCCAAUCAGGAAUGGCUUUUACACCACAAACGCACAUGCCAGGAACGCAUACACGCCACAGAAUAUAGUAGGAGGAAUCCCCGAUUCUGAAUUACUGCUUCCAGAGUUGCUGAAGAAAGCAGGAUACACCAAUAAGAUCAUUGGAAAAUGGCAUCUGGGUCACAGGCCCCAGUUCCACCCCCUGAAGCACGGGUUUGAUGAGUGGUUUGGAUCCCCUAACUGCCAUUUUGGACCUUAUGAUAACAAAGCAGCCCCUAAUAUUCCUGUGUAUAGGGACUGGGAGAUGGUUGGCAGAUAUUAUGAAGAUUUCAAUAUUGAUCUGAAGACAGGUGAAGCCAACUUGACUCAGAUCUACCUGCAGGAAGCUCUCGAUUUUAUUAGCAGGCAGCAGGCCAGCCAGCAGCCAUUCUUUUUAUACUGGGCAAUUGAUGCUACCCACGCUCCUGUUUAUGCCUCCAAACAUUUCCUGGGUACUAGUCAGAGAGGACUAUACGGCGAUGCUGUACGAGAAAUUGAUGAUAGCAUUGGGAAAAUCCUGAAGCAUCUUCAGAAGCUGGGUAUCAGUGAGAACACGUUUGUGUUCUUCACCUCCGAUAACGGGGCUGCUCUCAUUUCAGCUCCCAAACAAGGUGGAAGCAAUGGUCGCUUUCUGUGUGGUAAACAAACUACUUUUGAAGGAGGCAUGAGAGAACCAGCUAUUGCGUGGUGGCCUGGACAUAUACCUGCAGGAAGGGUGAGCCAUCAGCUGGGCAACGUGAUGGAUCUCUUCACGACCAGCCUCUCCCUGGCGGGGCUGCAGCCUCCAAGUGACAGACAGAUUGACGGCAUCGACCUUUUACCUGCCAUCUUGCAGGGACAGCUAAUUGACAGGCCCAUCUUCUACUACCGGGGCAACGAGAUGAUGGCAGUAAGAGUCGGGCUUUACAAGGCUCACUACUGGACCUGGAGCAACUCCUGGGAGGAGUACAGCAAGGGCAUUGAUUUCUGUCCUGGACAGAAUGUCUCUGGAGUGACAACACACACCAAGGAGGAGCACACCACUCUGCCGCUGCUUUUCCACUUGGGAAGAGACCCUGGAGAAAAGUAUCCAUUAAGUUUUGCCAGUGCUGAGUAUCAAGGAGUUAUGGAGCGAAUAUCUAACGUCGUCCGGCAGCACCAAGUGACCAUGGUGCCAGGAGAGCCACAGCUUAACGUAUGCGACAAGGCCGUCAUGAAUUGGUCUCCCCCCGGCUGUGAGAAGCUAGGAAAGUGCCUGAAACCGCCCGAGUCUGAACCUAAGAAGUGCAUCUGGCCUCACUGAUCUCCAGAGCUACUCRAAAAAAGCCAUAACCAACCGGAUAUAUGGUUUACAAUGCAUGUUUUCUCAUGUUGGCACUCCUGUUUACACAGGAAGGGCGGGAUGUAUGAUAUCAUCACUUGCUCUUCCAAAAGGACCAGUGUUUAUAUUGGUAGCGCUCAGGGUUUUAGCUUCUCCUCUUCUCUUCUAGUUGUUGCCGUAAAUGGUAAGUGUUCAGCAAGGACAAUUUCGACUGGAAAAGCUCCGUAGACAACCCCAAGGCUGCCCUUACCUCAGAAAUGCAGUGUUUGCACCUUUCCCCUGCUCCUUCCACCCAUCCUGCCCUCUCAGAUCAUCACUCCUUCCAAUACCCCGCGCUGACAGCAGGGCAGGUUCAGGGAGCCCAAACCCMGGCGCCCUGCCCAAACUGGCCGUGUUUGCUUUGCAUGCAACUUGUUGCUUUAACAUUUGAUUUCCACCGUGGGACCUUUGGGCACCAGCUUGCCCUUUUUUUUUAUUAUUUUCUUCCUAAUUUUGUGAGUACUGGGUGCAGCCGGAUGGCCCCUGGGGGCAAACAAGCGCUGCCUCCGGCGCUCCCAAAGGAAGGCUGGGCUCGAGGGAGGAGAACACCCCGUCCCUUCCGUGUGCAGACACUGACAUUCGCGAGGUACGUUGCAAAGCACAGGGAGGACAGUGUCUAUGUAGGUGUUGCCUCGCUGCUGGCCUGCGGGAUGUUCUCAAGAAGCUCGAGGGCAGUUGCUCAUUUUAAGAUUUUUCUGCAUUUCUGUAGAUCUGGGCCCAAAUAUGGUCCAAGUCACGUUUCAAGCCUCAUGAUCGGGGCCMGGCCAAGUGGCGGCUCAGAAAUGCCCGUUUCCAUCAGGCAGUAACUCUUGACCCUGUUUCCAGCGGCUCUCGGAGGAAUUCUCCUUGUGCAAACUUGGCGCGCCCGGGCGCAGCGCUUCUCUAAACACACCACCCUGCCRCUGCAGGCCCGUCUCACUCUUCCACGCCAGAGUUUUCAUCCCCUUCUGCGUUUUUUUCACGCCUAUUACCACUCUUAAUUACCAUUUCUUGUGCAGAACCUAAUGCAGUUAGUGCGGGGCGCCCGGGACGCCACCCUGGGCAGGCAGCGUGGGCACUGCGAGCUCCGUGUCCGCCCCUGCGCUGCUGCGAGCAGUCCCCAUGCCCUCCUCCAUACCAGGAAACCGCAGGGCUGCCUUCCCAGGCCGAGCGUGGGACUCCAGAUGGCUGGAAGGCUCCGCUUCCGUGGCAGCUGCUGYGCGCGCUUUCGUUCGUGCCUCCCUAUCAACCCAGAAGCUCCCGUCGCAUCCGCUGCCUUGCUGCUCGCUACCUGCAAGCUUYGCCAUGGUAAUUCCCACCUUGUGCCUGGAUAAUCCCAUAAGAUUGGAGUAAAUACAGCUCUUGCAUUGGCUCUUACUGUCCCCCCUGUCAGAAAUCACUGCAUCCAGCAGACCCAUCCUGGGCUCUGGGUCUCGCUGCUCAUCUGCAAACGGGACAUGUUCAUUGUCCAGGCAGCUCUCAGCUGCCUUGUGCUGUCCSCUCCUGUUCCUCUGGUCUCUCAAGGCAUUUCCAGGCCAUCCAGGACGUUUCUUCUCAUCCUGACACAAUGUGCAUAGCUCAAGAGAUUGAGAUCAGCCCAUUUUUGAAUUGCUGUAUGAGAAGGACGGCGGAGGAUUUCCAGCAGAAACGAGUGGCGCUGGAAAUCAGGGGGAAAAUAACCAAUAACUUUUUAUUUUCUGGUCUGUGGCCCAUCUGCUUCAGUCACCUAGAGAUGCUCAGAGCCAAGAGCAGAUAAAGCUACCGCCAGACGAGGGAGUCUGUCGCUGCAGUUCCCUGGAAGCUGCUGGGGCUGCCACGCAAACACUGCUGCGUGUCCCGUCCCUCCUGCUGCGCCCGGCCAUUCCCUUCCACGGCUGUGGAGUGGGAGAUCCCGCUUUGCCCCGCGCCCUGUCACUGGCUUAGACAAGACCUGCGCUCUCUGGGCACUCAGGGCUGGCUUACCAAACUCGUCAAAGCCUCUUUUUUUCAAAAAAAGUAGGUUCUCAAAGCGCAGAUAUUGGACUUAAACUUGCAUCCUUGAAAGCUGCCUCUGAGGGAGAUCACUUGGUGUUUACUUACCUGCUUCCUGCUCAUCUAGCACAAAAGCCUGAAGUUUAGU